GGCACCUCGUCGAACAAUAGCGCACCCGCACCAGUCUCAGACGAAACAUAUACUUUUUGCGUGACCUGCAGUUUUGCUCGCUCCCUGGAGCGUUUGUCAUGGGAUCCGUCUGAGCGCUGGAGAUCGUCUGAUCUGAAAGAAAGUGUUGGACGUCGGUGCGCUGGCACAGACAGCCGUAUUCGACCCUCUCAGCUUCCCCGCACAUCUUUAGUGGCGGGCACAUCCUUCUAGAACACACAAGCCGCCGCCCACAGAACUUCCACAAGUCACGAUGAUGUGGUUCGAUUUCGAUUUCCCUUUCAUUUAUAUAGACAGCCAUAUGUCCAUCGCGCUCGUGUCCAAUCCAUUCGUCAUGCUCUCAGCCAUUCUCCUCCAAUUCAUUUGGUUUACGCUGCGAUGGUCCCCGACCUCUGCAAUUAGUGUUUCGGUCCCCACCUUGGCACCCUCUGACGCGCCUACGAUCUCGCCAUCACACAUCUCGCUUUCUAUUGAGCAGGACCGUUGGGUGGACUGGAUUGGUCCUGGUACGAGGAAUGAAUUCUUUUUCAACGCGCUGAACAAUUUGAAGGUGCUCUCGGGCGAGGCUACGCGCUUGAGGAUUGGGGCCGAUUCAGAGGAUCACACAAAUUUUAACUCGGCCGUUCAGUUCUCCGAGCUGAUCUUCCCGGCAGUCACCGCUACUGUCCCAUACCCGGAGGCUACAAACAUCACCGUUGGCAACGAGUACUAUCGCCUUGCUUCUCUCCUUCCGUCAGGCACACAGGUCGUAUGGGGUAUCAACCUCAGGGAAUCCAACAUCACUGCCGCCUUUUUGGAAGCUAGGGCCAUUGCACAGGCUUUUGCGUCAUCCUCUGUCAAGAAUACCGGCGUCACCUUAGAAGCGCUUGAGAUCGGUAAUGAGGCCGAUUUUUAUGCGGGCACUCCACAGAACUACGUUGCUCAAUGGACGAAGUUUGCAACGAAUGUAUCUGCUAUCGCUAACGCUGUGCUCAACACCAAGGUUCCAUUCUGGGGCGGUGCAUUUGCAGAAUCUUCGCUUUCGACGAGCGGCUUUUCACCGCAGUCGAUCAUCCAAGAUGGUAUUCUCAAUUCGAACCCGGGUGCUCAAAUUGCCACCAUCUCUCAACAUCACUACAGCGGCUCGUUCUGUAGCGGAGACAACGGUGUCCUCCAGGACCUCAUGACAAAGUCGACCAUCAGAGGUAAUCUGAGCAUGUUCAGUCCGGAUGUACAGGUUGUGCUGGACAAUGGCCGCAAAUACGUCCUUGGAGAGACCAACAGCUACUCAUGCCAUGGAGCACCCGGUGUAAGCAACACUGCUGGCGCGGCCCUCUGGGGCCUUGAUUACGCCCUUUUUGCCUCUCAGCUCGGCAUUUCGCGCGUGUACUUCCAUGAAGGCAUAGGUUACAAGUACAACUUCAUCCAGCCGGUGACUCUCAAUCGCUCAAUCUUGGACGGUAGUCCGCUUCCCACUCCGCAACCGCCGCACAUUCAGCCGCUCUACUACGCCGCUAUCAUAGCCGCCGAAGCCAUUGGCCCUUCAGGGAGCACGCAGGCCACCGAACUUGAUAUCGGAUCUUCGCAUGUUUCAGGUUAUGCGUUUUUCGACGGUGGUAAACUCGCUCGGGCGGUGCUCAUCAAUCUGCGCGCGUUCACUGGUGCGGCUACGCGGGGCGCGGUGAGCAUCACGCCGGCCUUUGAGGGCAGUUCAGCGCCUUCGAGGAUGUCAAUCACCCGGCUGGCUAUUCCGUUUGCAAACGCAACGACAGGGGUAACGUGGGGUGGACAAACGUACGAGACGCCGGACGGGAAGGUGCGCGGAUCUGUGGAGGUGACCACAGUGCCGGUCAGCCAGGGCGUUGAAGUGCACGAUACUGAAGUGGUCAUGUUGACUUUUGAGUGAUGUCAGAGGGCGAAAGAGAUCACAAAGCGCUGAACUUGACAAGUCUUUUCCUGUUUUCGCAUCGUUUUGGCUUUUAGCGAUUCCGCUUUGAUUGUACCCGGAGGGUGAUGGAUGGACAUCUCAGAUUUGAUCAUGG